AUGGAAGAAGAUGAGACUUUACAAGGUGAAGCAGAGAGGGCAAAAGUUGAAACACAUGCUGCUCCUGAGAUCGGUCGGCAGAUAUCAGUUAGCGAGUUCCUUUGCCACUGCUGUUACGACAUUCUGGUCAAUCCCACCACCCUGAACUGUGGGCAUAGUUUCUGUAGACAUUGUCUAGCCUUGUGGUGGGUAUCGUCCAAGAAGAAUGAAUGCCCUGAAUGCAGAGAAAAAUGGGAAGGAUUCCCCAAAGUCAACAUCCUACUCAGGGAUGUUAUUGAAAAGCUAUUUUCUGAUGCCAUUGAACAAAGAAAAGAAGAUAUUCAACAAAACAGUGAUGUAGCACGCAGCUUAGCAACCUUCCAAAAAUAUGGGAAUGACCAGAUCCCUACAGUUCCAAACACAGGAAGAAUUAAUCCUCGAGGAGGAGGGUUUUUCUCAGGCGUACUGACAGCUUUAACUUGUGUAGCAGUAGUUCUACUUGGCUAUCACUGGAGUAGCCGUUUUUUUUAAGAAGAUCUUCUUGUCCACAGACCUGUUGCUAAAUGGACUGCUGAGGAAGUGAUACUUUGGCUAGAGCAGCUAGGCCCCUGGGCUUCACAUUAUAAAGAAAGAUUUUUACUGGAGAAAGUGAAUGGAAGACUCCUUCUAACACUGACAGAGGAGGAUUUCACAAAAGAGCCUUACAGUAUAGAGAACAGUAACCAUAGAAAAGCUAUUAUGGCAGAACUGGAAUGUGUGAAAACUUUAGGCGUUAAACCACCACAGAACCUUUGGGAAUAUAAGGCAGUAAAUCCAGGAAAAUCACUCUUUCUUCUGUAUGCACUGAAGAGUUCCCCAAGACUCAGUAUGUUAUACCUAUAUUUGUUUGAUUACGCAGAAGCUUUCUUACCUUUCAUCCACACAAUUUGCCCUAUGCAAGAAGACAAGUAUGAAGAUAUUGUCACAAAACUACUAGACCUUAAAGAUCCUUCUUGGAAACAGUGGAGAGAAUUCCUUGUGAAGUAUUUAUUUUUGCCAUACCAGUUGAUAGCUGAAUUUGCUUGGGAUUGGCUGGAUGUGCACUACUGGACAUCAAGAUUUAUAAUUGUAAAUGCCAUGUUGCUCUCUGUUCUGGAAUUAUUCUCCUUUUGGUGGCUCUGGUCAAGAGGAGAAUUGAAGACUAUUCCUCACAGAAUGUGGAGACAUUUCUGGAAAGUCUCAACCCAGGGUCUUUUUGUUGCCAUUUUUUGGCCUUUUAUUCCUCAGUUUGUCUGCAAUUGUUUGUUUUACUGGGCCUUGUACUUUAACCCAAUUAUAAAUAUUGAUCUUGUCGUUAAAGAAGUAAGGCGUCUGGAGACACAAGUGCAGUGACCGGCAUUGGAACUUCUGAGCUGUUUAGCUUCUAAAACUGGACAUUUGAAAUAAGCUUUGCUUUUAUUUUUUAUAUAUGUGGCAGUGAAAGUGGUGGAUUAUGUUAACUUAAACAUACAAAAAAGCCUUAAGGUAAGUUACUCUUAAACCAGCUGAUUGCAAAUCUGAGAAUGGGCUUUAUUAUCUGAAAAGAAUUUUCUAUUCAAAAGAAAAAAAAACAAUUACAUUCCUGAUUUAGC